GAUCUAGUUUUUCUAAAUCCAAAAAGAGGUGUUGCUAUGCCACCACCAUUAUCACCAAUACUUGGGGAGCAUUCUUUUGUCAAUCCAACCUUCAACAAGGAUAGUGAAUAUGGAGAUGAUGUUGCUCAAUCUGGUGACUCCCUUAUGAAGGUUAUGUUGGAAUCUGAGGAAAGAGAUCAACAAAGAAGCCAAGAGAUCGCUAGACAAUUGGAUGAGUCUUUUCAGAAUCUGGUUCAGAAUUUAGCCCAAAGUUUAGUAGACAUGUGGCAUUCUAAUGAAAAAAGGGCAAGAGUUUGGCGAGAGCAAAAUGCAAAAAAUUGGAGAGCAUUUCAAGUUGAAAUAGAGCGAAUGGAGGAAGCAUUUUGACGUGCCAAAAUUGAA